UGGGGAGGGCAUGGGGUGGGCGGCUGCCGGCGGGGAGGGCGCGGGCUGGCGCGGGGUGACGGCCGCCGGUGACUACUCUCCAAAUCCUAGUUUUUUUUCUCCACCCGUGAUGGUAUAAAGCUCACAAGGCUUGCAACUUAAUUUUGCCCUCUUUCUCGUCUAUAUACAACGACCCAUCGAACCUCCCCGUCGUCGUCGUCGUCGUCUCAUCCGAAGCUCUGAACCCCGGCGACGGCGGCGUCUGACAAUGUGCGACGAGUGCUGCUGCCGGUGCCGGUGCGGGGAGGGCCUCAUCGUGUUCGGCGUCAUCUUCGGCGCCCUCGUCUUCGCGGUGCUCCUGGCGGCGUUCGGGUUCGUCCGGCCCCCCACCUUCGUCGUCGACGACGCCUCGCUGACGCGGUUCAACCUGUCGGCGGCGACGUCCUCGUUCGCCUACAACCUCACGGUGACGCUGGUCGCCCACAACCCCAACUGGGCCAUGGCCGCCAAGAACACCAAGCAGAUGGACGUCGAGUACAGGUUCGACGGCCAGGUGUUCGAGCGGAUCCAGCUCGCCGGCAAGGGCGACAAGCUCCGCCCCGGGAGGACGGUGGUGCACCGGCUGUCGUCCGGCAGCGAGAGCGCGCUCGUCCCGACGCUGGGCAACGCCGGCGUCGUCGAGUACAGGGACGAGCGCGCCAAGGGGACGUUCGACGUCGAGGUGGCCGUCGCCGGCGAGGUGAGGUACACGGCCAGGUACACCAAGUGCAAGAUCGAGGCGACGUGCCCGCUCAAGCUGCAGCUCGCGCCGCCGGGCACCACGGCGGUGGCGUUCCAGAAGGUCAAGUGCAAGCUCGCCAGCCGGGAGAAGAACUGCUAGAUUGCAUUCAUGGCGGCGGCGGCGGAUUCUCACUUCUAAUUUCUUUUUUAUGGCAUUGACGUGUGCAUCGAUCGCAGCUUUGGUUUGAAACCUUUGUUUAAUUUGUGUUUGAAAUUUCAACUGAUAUUUGUGCAUCCCACUCAUGUAUUUUCUUUACAUUUUUUAAAUCCAUUGAUGAUCAUUGUGAUCCCAAUCAGUUUGAUUAAUUCUUUUGAUUCCUGAUAUGAUCAUCAUGAUG